AUGGAGCACCUCUUCGAGAUCAGCGGUUCAUCAAUAGCAGUCGCAUCGGCUCUCUCAGCCGCCGUCGGGGCUUACCUCAAUGCCAAGUUCUCUAUUUCGAGUGACCUAACAUCGCUUUACAACGAGCAGUCAUGGGCAAACCGUCUGGGACAGCGAAUCGCUCAGCUCGGCGAUGCUGCCACCAUCUACAAGAUGCUUGAACGGGUGGUAGAGGUUGACGGCCACGGGUCAAGUGAAGCGCUGUGGCUUGAGAAUACGACAUGGACCUAUAGCCAGCUCAAAGAUCUCGUCGAUAGAUUUGCCGCUCUGCUUCAUACAAAAGGCAUUAAUGCCGGAGAUUUUGUUGCCGUUUUCACCACGAACUCCCCUGAGAUGGUUGUAACAAUCUAUGCACUUAACAAGCUUGGGGCUGUGGCAGCCCUCAUCAACACCAAUCUGCGUGAUGAUACUUUCGACCACUGUCUCAACGUCUCCGGAAGCAAAUUUAUCAUUUCAACGCCAGAUCUAUCGCAGUUUGUGCGUUCCGAGCUGCCUCACAUAGCGCUUAACGUUUCGUCUUUUGACGACACCCUUACAGAUGCCGCGGACGUAAUAACAUCGACAGACUUGCAACAAAGCACACCUGGAGGGCUUGCUGCGGCUAAAAGGUCUCUCAGCGACUUGAGCGCACUGAUUUACACUUCAGGGACGACGGGAAAGCCGAAGGCAUGUGCCAUUCGCAACAUGCAGGCGCUUGUCACAUCCAACCCCAAUACCGUCGACGCCAACAACCCCUCCAAAUACUACCCCUUGCGGACCUAUUCCUCUCUACCACUUUUCCAUGGCACUGCCUACUUCACUGGAAUUUGCUACUCGGUCGGAAACGCAGGCACCCUGUGUCUCCGUCGCAAGUUCUCUGCGUCGCAGUUCUGGAAGGAUGUGCAUGAUUCCAAAGCUACACGCAUCCUUUACAUCGGUGAGCUCUGCAGGUAUCUCCUGUCGACGCCCUCAUCUCCUUAUGAUCGCGAUCAUGUUUGCAUAGUGGCCAAUGGCAACGGGCUACGCGGGGAGAUUUGGGAGCGUUUCCGUCAACGAUUUGGGGUUCCCGAGAUCCGCGAAUUCUAUCGGUCCACGGAGGGCUUGGCCAGGUUUGACAACUGGGGAGUGGGUGCAUGGGGCGCUGGGAAAGUCGGUUUUUCGGGAAUUAUCAAGCGGCGUCUAGAGGACGAUACGUUUAUCGUGAAAUACGAUACAGACACAGAGAUGCCCUACCGGGAUCCGAAGACCGGUUUCUGUAUGCAAGCCAAACUCGGAGAGGAAGGAGAGGCAAUUGGGCGAGUUAGGAGUCGGGGUCUGCUUACUGAAUAUCUGCAGAAUGAGGAGGCAACGGAGAAGAAGCUUCUUCGGAAUGUGUUCAAGAAGGGAGAUGUAUUCCAGCGCACGGGCGAUUUGGUUGUUCGGGACCACGAUGGUUGGGUCAGGUUUCAGGAUCGGGUGGGAGAUACGUUCCGCUGGAAGGGGGAGAACGUCAGUGCCGGCGAAAUAAGGGAUCAUAUUUGCCGGAUGCCGUCUAUCCAUGAUGCGGUUGUCUAUGGCGUGAAGCUAAAUGGGUAUGACGGCCAAGCGGGCGCAGCUGGCAUUACUCUUGAGGAUCACUCUCCUGCGGCCCAGAAAAGCGUCAUGGACAAGCUUUACUCCGAAUUGAAGAGGAGGGGCGUGCCGUCGUACGCGUUUCCACGUCUUGUUCGACUUACGGAGAAAGUGGAAACCGGUGUCACGUUCAAGCAGGCCAAGGGAGCGUUGACCAAGAAAGGAUGGGACCCUCGCACGGACUGGGGUGGCGACCAACUGUACUGGCUGAAUGGCACGACAUACGACAAGCUCGAUGAGCAGAGCUGGGGGUCGAUAGAAAACGGGCAGGCCAAGCUGUGAUCCUGGCGUCGGGGAUUUUGAUACAUCCUAGUUACUUUGUAUAGAGUCCAGAAAGUCAAUGGAUAGAUGUGC